AUGUCCUCCUGUUUUAUUUCUCCAGAGGUUAAGACUCCACAGUCUGUGUCAGCUUUCAUCCCCACUGCUGAGGCUCACUCCUUCCAGCCUCACGGGACGAACCUGUCGUCGCCUUCUGUCGAUGCGAAGCAACAGCUCCAGAGGAAGAUCCAGAGAAAACAGCAGGAACAGAAGCUGCACUCUCCUUCACCCGGAGAGGGACAAACCAGGAGGGCAGAUGACAGUGUGCCUUCCGGUAGCCCCCCACCUCCAUCACCUCAGCCAACCAUAGGCAUUGUGGUCGCUGCUGUCCCCAGCCCCAUCACGGUGCAGAGAAGCAGGCAGCUGAUGUCGCCUAGUCCGGUGGGAACAGUGGAGAGCAAAGUGCUGCCGUUUAACUUCCAAAUGGUGACGCAGCCGAUGAAACAGAGCCCAAAGACCCUGCAAAAUAUUCUGCCCAAUCCAGCUGGAGAACGCACGGCUCGGCAGCGCUACGCUCAAAUCCUGCCAAAACCUUUGGCCACGACCCCUAUCACUUUGCACUCGCCCUCCGCCAUGAUCAUUGCCAACAGCCCAAUUAAAACUGUGAUGACCACGUGUCAUGUCAGCCCCGUCAGUUUGGUCAAGAUGACGACCAUAUCAUUGGCACCCAACAGCGGCAACACCACCACGACCCUCACAAACGCAACUCUGCGAUCAGCAUCUGCAGGAAUCAGCACUUUUGCAGUUGCAGAAGACAUCAGCUCUAAUGAAACCACGAGGAGUGCUUCUGCUGUCCCACUUCUGGCCCCGGUGGCCUGGCCAGGGCAGACAGCUGCCGCUCACUGCAUCGAUGUUGAAAUGGAAGUGGAAGCGAUACAUCAAAACAGCCAAAUGCAAAAUCCUAGCAGUCUCAUUUUAACUCAAGGGGCAAUGGCAAAUAGAAGUGGAGGGGCUGUACAGAGGGCCGCCAGUGUGCCCAUUCCUCAGACGAAAGGCUUCCUGGUUCUGGAUGAAACAUCUAUUAAUAAAUGCAAUGGAAAUUCCUCCUCGUGCACUUACGCUACAGCAGAAGUCGAAAGCAGCAAUAGUAGCGCCAACAAUACAAGCAUUUUGCGCUCAACUCCCUCCCCUCAGAAUACCAGCACUGUUUCGAUACUGAACACCAGCAGAGCACCUUCAUGUGGGGGGAGCUGUGGGGUGACACCAACAAAAGAAAGUUUCCUGUCCACUAAAAGCCUCAGGAAACGCUCAAGCCUCAGCCCAGAACUUUCCCCAGUCAAAAGGAUUUUUAUGCCCCAACAGCCUGUAGGGGGCGUUGCUGCUCUUGGAUAUGGCAUCAGAAAGCCGGUCAGUUAUGUCUCCAGGCUGGGAGCUCCGACUCGACCCGAAAGUGCACCAGCCACCAGGGAGGUGGAAGUGAAAAUGAACUCUGUCUCGGCCACUCAAGUCCAUUCACUCUGCACUUCCUCUUUCAGACCAAGUGGCUUUUACUCUGUUGCCAAAACACAGAGCACAAUUCAGAGGAAAAACACCUCCACUGUUUUGGAAAAUAGCAGCUCAGUCAGUCACGCAUUAACACAGCAACAGCAGGGGCACACAGUGGCUAAUAUGCACGUCAUACCUAAUAACCAAAGCCUCCAGCAGCACUCAGGUGAUGGGAGGAUCUCAAACCCCACCACAGGAAUCCUGGAAGGAGCUCAACAGCAGAGCUACACUCAGUCCAACCCUACUACCGAAACCUUAGAGUUUUUGAGUCAAACAUCAUCCAAUCAUCUCCCCAUGCAGACAGAUAUGGACUACUUUAACUUCGAUGAUGAUGUGACUCAGGACAGCAUCGUGGAGGAGCUGGUGCAGAUGGAGGAGCAGAUGAAACUCAACAGCCUGCGUGGGUUUGGGGUCACAAUGCAAGGCAAGCAGUCGGUGAUGCCGGACAACGUUAUGUCAGCUAAUCAGACGAUGACUGCUUUCUAUCACGGUGCCAACAACAGUGGCAACCUAAUCCAUACUCCAACCCCGACACCCACUCCCACACCGACGUCAGAGAUGAUGGGAACAGCUCAAGGCUUCAGUGGUGAGAGUCCCUGCUCCCGCAUGGCCUCCACAACCCCGGUGGACAGUGCGCUGGGAAGCAGUCGUCACACCCCACUCGGUACGCCACACUCCAGCUGCAGCAGCACUGUGCCGCCCAGUCCAGUGGAGUGCAGGAACCCGUUUGCAUUUACACCCAUCAACUCCAGCAUUACUGGUUUCCAUGACUGCAGCACUAUCUCCAGCAGCCCUGUCAAGCCCAUGCAGAGGCCGAUGGCCACUCACCCGGACAAGACCAGGCUGGAGUGGAUGAAUAACAGUUACAACAGCAGCAGUGAGAGUUUAAACAAGUCAAACAGUGGAAUGAGAAUCCUCCCUGGUUAUCAAGGCCUGAUAGAUGACCAUUUUCAAAAACCUCACGCCUUCGCCGUCCCUCAUGCACGGUACCACGACAGCAGCUUCGGCCGCUUGACUCCCAUCUCACCUGUGCAGCAGCAGGUAACUAACAUGGCCAACAUGACCAAGCAGGAGGGUUUUGCUGUACCUGCCCCACUGGAUAAUAAAACCAGCAACGUAACCGCUACAAAUUUUCGGUGUCGCAGCGUGAGCCCUGCGGUGCAUCAGAGGAACUUCUGUGGAAACACAGGAAACAGCACCCAUCCCAAUGUCCUUCGUUCAGUGGCGUCUCCCUUUAACUCUCCUGUUGCGCCCGAGAUGUUGAACAUCUUCGCAAACAGCCAGACUAAUCUUGGGGUGAGCAGCAUGGCCCAGCGGAGCCGUUCUGUGCCGCUCAACAUCAUGAUGCAAACUGAGGUCCGUCCCACAGCAGGCCAACAAUGCAACAACAAAAACAUCGGCAAUGUCCUUCUGAGCAAGCUGGACAGUGACCACGACGAUGCUCUGCGGGGUCUGGGCAUCAGCCAUUUAUCCUCCAGCUACACUGCGCGCAUGAACCUCACUCAGAUCCUGGAGUCUGACCCCAGCCUCUCCUGUGCUGAAAACCAGCUCAGCAUGAUGACCUCUGACGCUACCUGCAAGCUACAGAGGCCCGAUUACCUCAUUGAAAACACCAUUAAUGAACCAAUGCAUUUCUCUACAAAUAAGAGCCGAGUACAAUCAGCCUCUGGAGAGCAUCAGCAGGCCCAGAUUAUGUUAACUCUGAACCAACAGCAGCAGCGAGAAGAACUGCAGCAGCAUCAGCAGCUAGAUUUCAGCAGCACUGUCAAAGACCUCCUGACAGACCAUAGCCUGGCUGCCGGCAGUCAGCUCGUCGAACAGGUGUCAGAGCUGACUACAGGGGGAGCAGACUUCCCAUGUGAAAUCAGAAUGACGUCAGAGUUCUCCAGUAGCAUCAACGACCUCAAUGCAUUGGAUCCAAACCUCCUAUUUGACCCCAACCAGCAGCAAGGGCAAUAUCAAAACGCUGCUCCAGAGGAGUUGGUGAAUGAUCCACUGUUUCAACACAUCACCAGCGACACGGCUCAUUCGAGUGGACUUGACUGGCUGGAAAGCAAAGAUCAAACAACUGUUGGAUUGAUGGGUUGAGAUCUGAACUUUUUAAACAUCUUAUCAGUCAUUUUAACUUGUGGUUGCUGUUUGUUUUUAAUUGGUUUCAGGCAUUUACCCCUUAAAUGCAACAAUGGACACAGUGAGGUUUGUCCAGAUUAAGUGCCAGGCUGAAGUGCAGAGAUGCUGCAACACACUGAUUUAAAUGCAAAUCACUUCCCUCAAUCAGAGAACAUCACCUUACACUGAGGUUCCUGAACACACCUAAUCCUGUUUUAUUAUGUUGUGUUUGAGGUUUCACUAAAGAGUAAGUGAUUAAAUCAACAUAACUGAACCAUGAAUUAUGCAAGAAAUAUGGACAUUGAUAAUAGUGAUAAUAUUAGUCUUUUACAACAAUAUUUCUUUAUUUGAAGGCAUUACAGCAUCUAAUUCCUCUGAGUAGCUGAGAAAAAUGGAAGCAUCAAAAGCCGUUGAAAAAGAUACAAACAA